UACAUAUAUAUAUAAUUGUUAUGAAAAUAAAUUCGAUAAAAGAAAAAGAUUUUUACAUCUUUUGUAUCUACUUUAAUAUUGAAAAUGCCAGCUGAUCAAAUACAAUAUUCUGAAAAGUACAAUGACGAUAAAUACGAAUAUAGACAUGUCAUUCUACCAGCUGAUUUAGCAAGACAUGUUCCAAAAACUCAUCUCAUGUCAGAAACAGAAUGGAGAAAUUUAGGAGUUCAACAAAGUCCAGGCUGGGUACAUUAUAUGAUGCAUGUACCAGAACCACAUGUACUACUCUUCCGCAGACGAAGGACUGAUAUUUUAACAAAUACAAGAAGCAAUUCUUUUCAAACGGAAUAUCGGAUAUAUUGUGUUUAGAAUAAAUUUUUAGGAACAUUCAAUGUUAUUUAUAAAAGAUUUUAAACAUAAUGAAAGUUAGCACAAUUGUAUUAUAAAGGAUAAUGAUAAUGACAAUGUUUAUUAUAAUCAUAGUUCUGUUAAAAACAAAUUUAAUUUGAGAAUUCUAACGAAAUAUAAAAUUCUGAGGAUUCAUACAAAAUAUAAAAUAGAUUUUACAUGAUUGUACAUUUAUUAAUUUCAUCUUUGCACAAUAUUAAGUAAUGUUAAUAUAGUUGUUAAUCUUAUGG